AUGGUAUUUCACAAAUGUCCGAAGUUCUCCAGUCUUUUGAUUCUCGACAGCGAGAGGCGAAUUCAUGUAGGAACAGAAUGCAACCUCGAGAAAAUGCAUCUUCGGGCUCGCCAGCACAAAGUCGCAUCUUCAUCAUUUGAAGAUAAAACAGAGACCACUGGACUUGAGUUAUGUCAAACUCAAAAGGGCGCCUCUCGCACACCUGAUCAAGCCGCCGCCAUGGGAGCUCUACUUAACGAACACAAGGGGGCCAUGCUCAAAGAAUCGAUCUUAAAACACCACACCGAACCAAUUCUUACUCGAGCCCAAACCUUGAAUCAAUUGAAUCCCUUUGGAGAGCCUCAUGGGCUAUCCCAUAUUGGGGCCACCAGGACUCUUAUCAUUAGGUCUAGACAGAUAACUUAG